UACACUUCCGGGUGUCAAAAUCUUUACGAUAUUUUGUGGUAAAUACACAGUUAUGAGAUGUAUUUAAAAUGUUUUGAAUUUCUUAAGCACGGGAUCAUAUUUAGAUGUGUUAGAGUCUCACAAACAGCAUAUGCUUGCCACUUUUUCUGACGAUGAAUUAUUUGACAGCGGGCCUUAACACAAAGGCGUGGGGGCGGUUUACCGCAUUCACCGCAACACAAUCAUUGAAUUACGUUGACAAUGGUGGCAAUUAUGAUGAAUGAAUAAGCCGAGCCCAAUUAAAGCAAAGCCCAAGAGAAUAUCGAUCUAUCCGAGUCGCGAUUUUAUCAUUUCCUAGUAUACUGGCGAGAAUCAGCACGUUGCAGCAUUGUAAGGAUGGGUGCAGGGACUUGCUGAUCUUAUCGAACCUGAGGAAAUGAUGGAAACUUUGCAUGGUUUGGUGGAAAAACAAAUUUCUGAACAAUCUUAUAAAGUGGCUGUACAAUUUGAUGAUGGAGUAAACAAGUCAUUCAUCACCUACCAAGACCUGUGCAACACAGCCAAUAUUGUCAGUGAAGUAUUGCGGUCAAGUGGGGUGGACAAUGAGACUGUCGGUCUGUGUGUGCCCCCCAACAUUCACCUGCCAUCUGUCCUCCUUGGGAUUCUUCAGACGCCAGCGUCCUUCUUCCCCUUCGACUCCGAUGGAAGUGUGUACCUUCGCCAGGCUCUCCCCCAAGUGGGGGUCAGGUUUCUCCUCGUCGAUGUUGAUCACUUGCAGAGACUGGAAGAUGUGACCAACACCCUGCAUGGAGCUGUGGUACCCUGUAUGGAGUUGUUUGAGCUUGGCCUGGUUCUUGUGUCACUGCGGGAUAUCUUGCCACGCCCACAAGCCAGCUCAUUAGCAUACUGCAUCACCACGUCGGGGACAACCAGCGUGCCAAAGGUGGUCCGCGUCCCACACAGCUGCAUCGUGCCCAACAUUCAACAUCUGAGGAAGAUAUACGAGCUGAACUCAGAGGACCUUUGUUUCCUUGCAUCACCUUUGACCUUUGACCCAAGCAUUGUGGAGAUUUUUGUGACCUUGACCUCUGGUGCAACCUUGCUUAUGACUAAUAAUGAAGUAAAAGCCUCACCUAAGAAGUUACUGGAGAUACUGUACCAUAGGAACCGUGUGUCAGUGCUACAGAUGACGCCAUCAUUGUUGCUGAGGUUUGGCCCAUCGGUUCUGAAAUCAACACUCCUGAGUCAGCGGUCAAGUGUUCGGACCCUGGCGCUGGGAGGGGAGAAUCUGCCCACCCUGGCCAUCCUUCGGUCAGCCGUGGCCCCUGACUGCCGUGCCACCUUCUACAAUCUGUAUGGGGUGACCGAAGUGUCCUGCUGGGCCACAUGCUUCCGGUUUGAUGCAACAUAUCUUGAGCAAGGCGAAGAAGGACCAAUUCCAUUAGGUGCUGUUCUUGAUGGAACAGAGGUGAAGGUCACUGACAGCGACGGUCAUCAGGUCACAUGUGGAGAGGGGAGACUACAGAUAGGCAGCAGUGAGCGUGUGUGUCUGUUGAAUGCUGAGACCGAGGCUGUCUUGGAGAGUCUCCCUGUGUGGAGAGACACGGGGGAUAUUGUAUACGUCCGGGACGAUGGCACCAUCACAUACAUUGGUCGCUAUGACGAUCAGAUCAAGCGACAUGGGAAGAGGUUGAACACAUCAGCUAUACAACAUGCUGUCCAGCAGCUGCCGGCAAUCAUAGACAGUAGAGUUCUCUCCCUUGCCGAUCGUCUGCUGCUGUUUGUGGUGACGGAUUCCCCCUGUGAAGAGGUCCAGCAUGCAUCACUCAAGAUGGCGGUCACAUCACAUUUACAGAAGACAUUACCAUCUCACUAUCAGCCGGACCAGGUGAUGCUCGUGGAGCAGAUUCCUCUCACCAAACACGGGAAGACUGACACGAAGCUGCUGGCGACGCUGUGGGAGGAGGUGGUCAGGAGGUCGCCCACACUGCCGCUGGAUGUCCGACGCUGGUGUACCAGUCUCUGGCAGGACCAUCUUCAUCCAUCAGGAAACAGUAGAGAUAUCCUGGACAUGGAUGAGUUUCUAGCUCUGGGUGGAAACUCCCUCCAGGCUGUCAGUCUGGUCAACAUGGUGGAGGAUCAACUCGGGCAUCAUGGCUCCUUGCUUCUGGACACUGUCCUCAAUAAGACUUUCCUUGACUUUGUCCAGCAUGUCCAGGGGGUGAUGGCAAGCGUCCAGAGCCAAGAUGCAGCUGCUGUAUCUGGGGAUGGGAAGAGUGAGGACCCUGAACCUGUGCCAGCCACCAUCCAGAGCCAAGAUGCAGCUGCUGUAUCUGGGGACGGGAAGAGUCAGGACCCUGAACCUGUGCCAGCAACCAUCCAGAGCCAAGAUGCAGCUGCUGUAUCUGGGGAUGGGAAGAGUCAGGACCCUGAACCUGUGCCAGCAACCAUCCAGAGCCAAGAUGCAGCUGCUGUAUCUUGGGAGGGGAAGAGGGAGGACCCUGAACCUGUUCCAGCAACCAUCCAGAGCCAAGAUGCAGCUGCUGUAUCUGGGGACGGGAAGAGUCAGGACCCUGAACCUGUUCCAGCAACAUCUGCUCAUCCUGUUGUGAGCGAGCCUGUAUCAGCUGAUAUUACUGAAGAUGUCCAUGAUGGCUCAAAAACACAGAUGAAACUUGAAGGAUGUUGGACAGAGCAUAUGUGUUGUAAAUUUGCUGGGUCUGUUUCCCGAGGCAGUAAAUAUCAGGGAACAGUUAGGCUAUCAAUGGCCAGUGUAGACCCAGGUGCUACAGAUAUCCAGCAGGAUCGUGUAUCGAGUCAAGCAGAUUUCGAGCAGGAUCGUCUAUUGAGUCGAGCAGAUGUCCAGCAGGAUCGUGUAUUGAGUCGAGCAGAUGUCCAGCAGGAUCGUGUAUCGAGUAAAGCAGAUGUCCAGCAGGAUCGUGUAUCGAGUAAAGCAGAUGUCCAGCAGGAUCGUGUAUCGAGUCAAGCAGAUGUCCAGCAGGACCGUGUAUCGAGUCCAGAAGAUUUUGAGCAGUGUUAUGUGUCAAGGCCUACAGGAGUGGAAUGGGAUCGGGUGUUGAUGAACAGAGUCGACUCAAGUCAUCCAGGAGUUGAUCAGGAUUGUGUGUCAAUGUCCCUGUGCUGGAAGUAUGACACUGAGAAGUGUGUGGAUGCCUCGCCUCUGGUGGCAGUCAGCAGCACUGGCAGCCAUGUUGUGUACAUCGGUUCCCACUCCCAUCUCAUGUGUGCUAUUGACCUGAAAACUGGUUGUGAGUUGUGGAGGAAGAGACUCGGUGACCGUGUGGAGUCUUCAGCCUGCCUCAGUCAGUGUGGGCGAUGGGUUGUCGUAGGUUGCUAUGACAACUGUGUGUACGUCCUCUGUGCAGUGUCAGGAGACAUCAAGUGGAUAUAUAAAACACAUGGCUGUGUCAAGAGCUCUCCAACCCUUGACCCCAUCACCUCGCAUAUCAUCAUUGGCUCACAUGAUGGCUGUCUGCAUUCAGUGGAUAUCUAUAGGCAGAGGUGUGUCUGGAGGCAGGCUCUCGGUGCCGGAAGUGUAUUUUCCUCUCCGUGUGUCAGUCGCCAUCGUCGCCAUGUCUAUGUGGGCACCCUCGGCUCAAACCUACAUGCUGUCAACCCUGAUACCGGUGAUGUGCUGUGGUCCCGAGAUACAACAAAACCUGUCUUCUCCUCUCCAGCUGAGAACCACAAUAGUGUUAUAGUUGGUUGUGUGGAUGGUAGCAUAUUGUGUUUCAACCAUCAGGGUGACAAGAUUUGGACUUUCUCCACUGAUGGCCCAGUAUUUUCCUCACCGCUGAUCAUAACUCCACCCCAAGUCUCUACGUGUACCUCAACUGAACCUGAGGAUGUGGUGCUAGUGGGCUCCCAUGACAAGCACCUGUACUGCCUCACAAUGACCGGGCAGAAGCUAUGGCGCUGGGCGGCAGACUCAGCCGUAUACACCACACCGUUUGUCUGGCACCAGGGAGCCACACAGGAGUGGCGGCACAGGAAUGGAGGGCUUGCCUCCUGGGGGACGUCCUUGGAAGAAGAACUUCAUUAUCAGACAGAGCUGUCUAAUGGUAUAGCUUUACCCUCAGCUACACAUCAUAUGACUUUCAGCUCGGAUUUAAAACUGGCAGAUUCUGUCAAACAACUUUUGGUAGAUCACAAGCUGAGACAAAUGUGUAAAUGUUCACUUCAUGGAGACAAACGUAAUGACUGUAAGCUAAUGCUACAUAAAAAGGGUUUGUACAAUGUCUCCAGGAUCAGCUCUAUGAACUGUGUUACAUGUAGUUCUGGAAAGCACAAGACUUUCCUCAGCAUGAUGGAAGAACCUUGUGUCAAGAAACAGAGAUUUCACAUUGACAACGCUUCUCAUUUUAAAGUCCCGGUGUAUAAACGUGAUUUGUUUCAUGCUGGUAAUCAACAGGUUCCUGAACCAUGUACAAACUCAUCAUCAGCUUCGUGUCAAAACCUAAGUCUGGAUAUUUCCUCAAAGCUCCACCCACCUGUUGUCAUUGUACCAGAUACAGCAUUGUCCCCUCAACCUUCCUCAAUGUCUGUGGACAUAUCAGAUACAGCAGCUUAUUCUGAAGGGAAAGGUUCUGGACUGAAUCUUUGUCUUGAUGGAAGUCAUAUCCACAAUAACCAAACUACCCCACCUACCUCUCAACAAAUAUCAGGUACUAUUGAUCAGCAUUUGAAAUGUCUUCCAAAAGGACAGCUGCCUUCAGACUCAAAUACCACAGUUCAUGAUGAUACAACACGACAAGCCCAGACAGAAAACAUUCCAUGUGAACCCAACUCUCUGUGUACCCAUGUCCGAGUCCCAAAACAUCCAUGUCAUUGUCAAGGUUCUCAAGGCUCUUCAGAAUCCUUACCAGAGUUGUCAAGCUCUGGUCCUGUCCUUGAUUCAUCCUUACCAGAGAUGUUUGAUCCUGUCUUUGACACAUCCUUGUCCGAUGAAUCUGCCAGGAGGACCAUCACAAGGGAAUGCUGUGGAUAUGCUGUUCCUGUUCCUGUGAGCAUCAGUCCUGGAUGUUGCAGCAGGACGUGUAGGUCCCAAGAAGGUUCAGCAGCACCCCAGCAGGAUGUCCACCCCGUUGUGUAUGUGGCCUCUACCAGUGGCAACCUGACCGCUCUGUGUGUGGCCACUGGGCAGCAGCUGGCCAGUACAUGUUUGCCUGGAGAAGUGUUCUCCUCUCCCAUCGUGGUCGAUGGACGGUUGGUGGUUGGGUGCAGAGACAAUAACAUUUAUUGUUUCACUGUUGUUGACAUUUAGAAACGGUCCAGCCUGUAUCAGGUGAUGUCCAAGUGCAGUGAAUCAGGAUAUUGACAAUAUGUGCAAAAUCUUUCACCAAAAUUGAUUGAUAAAAAAAUAAUAGUCUUGGUUCUCAGGCACCGCCCACAUCAUCAGUAAGUCUGCAUUUUGAUUUUAUUUACAUUUUCAAUUCUUUUUAUAAAAUCCUAAUACUUAAAAACAAUGUGAUCCAAUAUAUCACGCAAUUUCUUCCCUUUACAAGCGCACUGCUUUGCUGCGCAUAUCGUAUUAUGGUCAUGGCAGCAAUAGGAGUUUGUAUGCUUGUUUAUGUAUGGAGGCCCUUUCCCAGAUUGAUGGUACACAACUGUUUAUUUGGUUACAUACUCGUUUGAACAAGCGGAAAAGAAAGAAAACACACCGCCCGCACACCUGCACUAUCUUUUCAAAAAUCAUUGCCUGAGAACCAAUUCUUUUAUGUUUUAAGCCUUAUAUAUUAUUCAGUGAACAGGCUGGAGAAUCAAGGGAGGUCACCAAGCACAUGACAGGUACAGGGUCAUGAAAUAUCACAAUUAUCUUGAGGGUCGUGAAAUAACAAUUAUCUUUAGAGUCUUGCAUUUGACAGAUACGUUUGGGUAGAACAUGAAAUAUAUAUUUGUGAUACUUAUGAUAGCAAAUAACUGGCAUUUGACAAUAACAAAUAUCUAUUAUACAAAAUGUGAUCACUGUAACCAUGGUAACCUGAAUGUGGUUAUUUGAGGUUGUGUAAGUAGCAUGAGCUAAAUCUGAUUUACAACAUGCUGAGAAGACAAAUUCAUAUGGCAGCAAUCACUUGCAGAGAAAGUGCAAUAUUAUUGACAAUUGGUGCAUUUACCAUUAUACAUGUUAUGAAACAACAUAUCAACACUUUUAUGAUAUUCUUUUAUUUCUAUACUCAAUUACUCAUACUUGUAUGAUGAAAUAGGGCAGUUCUUUACAGACAUAUUUAUUUAUGUAUUUUAUUCUUUUAUGUUGUCCUGAUGAAAUGAAUGUAUUGAUCUUCCAUCUAAGUGAAAGUCACAAUAUUGUGGGGCGGUCGGGUAGCCCAGUGGUUAAAGUGUUCGCACAUCACGUCGAAGACCUGGGUUCAAUUCCCGACAUGGGUACAAUGUGUGAAAAACAUUUAUGGUGUCCCCUGCCGUGAUAUUGCUGGAAUAUUGCUAAAAACUGCGUAAAACCAUACUCAAUCGUUCACUCACUCACAAUAUUGUGUCUCCUUGUGUUCUCAAACCAAACAGUUCGUCCCGAGUAUGUUUCUAGGUUUGUCAGCACCAUAUCCAUGCUCCUGGUUUCACUAAAGUGAUAAAUGUCCGAGACCUGCAUCACUUUGGCUUUUCUCCCACAUCAAACUGACACUUUAAAGAGGCUUUAAACUCAACUCACUCACUCUCAACUCACUCAGUCUCAAACUAUGUCUUUUUUUGUGAAGCUCUGAGUUGUGAAGGGGCGUGGGGUAGUUGAGUGGUUAAAGUGUUCGCUCGUCAUGCCAAAGACCUGGGUUGAUUCCCGACAUGGGUACAAUGUGUGAAGCCCAUUUCUGGUGUUAUUGGUGGAGUAUUGGUGGAAUAUUGCUGAAAGCAGCAUAAAACCCUACACACUUACUCACAUUUAGUGAACAGAGAUGAUGUCUUUCGGGAAUGCUGUGAUGUUACCCUGGAAGUGGAAGAUGCCAGGAUACAUGCCGUAGAUGCCGACCCUGAUAACAAUACCCACUUGGUCAACAGAAUGUGCAACAACAAAAACAACUAAAAAAAGCCCUAAAUCAAAGUUGUUCUGAUAAAUAUUGAUCCAGUUUCAUUUUUAAUUAAUGUGGUACCAUUUUCCCAAGCUGAAUGGGAUUAUGAAAAAAAAAUAAAAAAUUGUCAAGUAUUCAUGAACAGUCCAGAUUUCCGUGCUUUAAUUUUCAUUUAAACACGUUUUUCAAGCAAUCAUAAUGGAAGGCACGCUCUCUUUCAUUUCAUAAUUAAGAACAUUUCACCAUAGUACAGACCUACAUCACAAUAUGGCACAGUAGGAGUCGGUUUUACAAGACUACCUGGAGGUCAAGUAUGCAGGCAAUAUCAUACAUGUCUUAGUUAGCAAGGAAUAUAAUGUAGAAGGAUACUAGUACAAUUAUGUUUUUCAGAUAAGUGUUUUCAUUUAACUGACUUGGGCUACUGUUCAAAACAACACCAGGAUCAGCGUAUGUUUACUGAGCAUGUUCCGGUUUAAGCUCUUGUCAUCUCUUUGGUGUUUAGCAUCACUAUUAUCUUACUGACCUGGGUGCCGUUGUACAAAGCGAUCUUACCGCUAAGGUGAUCGUAACUCCUAACCUUAACAUAGACUUACGACAGUCGUAGCGCUAGGGUUGUUUUGUACAACGACACAACGAUUCAUAGUGUAUUGUGAACGGCAUAGCCCUUUUCACAGGUUAUGGUCAAAAGGACCUCAAACACAUUGGUCAGAAGGGCCACUGUAAAAAGUCAAAAGGGCCACUGUAAAAAGUCAAAAUGGCCACAAACCAAAAGCUUACCGAAGACAAUUUACACACGCAGGUUUCACUAUAGAUCAAAGGUCAAUCAACACAGUACCGAAGCAUGUAUUACAAAAGCCUAGAAGAAACGACACCAAAACGUGUUACUAAUGAUCAAUCUUUAUUGUUAAGUCCUUUGAUUUAUUGAAAUAUAGUAACAACACAAAUAGAACUAACACUAUUUAUUAGAAUUCUUUAUGUUAUACUAUUUCAUGUGGCUCAUUUGAUUUUUUGGUGUUUGCGUUUUAACAUAGGUUUGUUCCCCUUUUAACAGCCAUAUCAGUCCUAUUUGUGUAGACAUGCUGUACAUGCUGUAUAGUGCUACCAUGCAGCGAUGCUUUACUUACUCUCUAUUAUUAUAUCUGUGAUAACAGGAGAUCAAGGACUGUUUGAAAACAGUACAGCAGUACAUUGCGGGGUGUGGAAAUACACAUAUCGCAUUUCCUCUAAUAAGCACCAAGGCGCUUAUUUGAACAAGCUUCCAAACCCGGCAGGUAUGAGUCCUGGUGGUAAGAGACCCAGCGCUAAACAACUACGCCGUUGCAUAAUACACAUGGAAGCUUCUAGCACAGUAUGGUCGUAGCCUUGGACUCUUCUGUUGCUGAAGACCGGAAGUUCUAAAACGGGACCCUUCGUUUCUAAGUUUUUUAUUUCUUCCAGGGAGGGGUAAUUUAAAGGCAACAUGCCCGCCGCUUACUGGAAACCAUAUUAGAGAUCGUCACGGUAUGGCUGAAAUACUGCCGAUGUGACGUAAAGCAUAAAUUCACUCGCUCACUCACUCACCCAUAUUAGAGACACGUCACGUACAAGAGGAAAAACACUGUACGGAUGGCCGAUGUCAUGUCUAUGGUACGUAACCCUGAUCUUUAGGAUGCGGAUUGUCCGGUCGCAUUACAUUCAAAUAUUUUACUCCCAUACGACAACUCUUCUACAUACCGUAUUAGGAGAACCCAUUCUGGAAAGAGAGUCAAAGAGUCCCUUUAAACCUGACGUCCGUGAUGUAACUGGAGUGCCUUGCCGGUGUUGAAUAUUGUCAGUGUUGAUGUAUACGCGAGAUAUAUACAUUUGCUUCUAAUUGUUGUGACUUGUGUGUUGUAUUCUGUGUCGAUUACUAGCACACUAUUAAGAAUAAAGAUUGGAGAUUUA